AUGAGUCUCCAGUGGACGAUUAUCGCGACGUUCCUGUACUUCGAAGUGGGCGUUCUGAUGCUGUUCCUAGUGCCGUACAUGUCGGCCAAACGCUGGAACCGUCUGUUCCGGUCCCGGUUCUAUCAGGCGCUGAGCGCCCAGGCCCAGUGGUACUUCACGUUCUUGCUGUUCAUUCUCGUCCUGUUCCUGUUGGACUCCGUUCGCGAAAUGCGUAAAUACUCCAACCCGGAGCUGAGUGACGCGCAUCAACACUUGGACCACGAAAUGCAGGCCAACAUGCGACUGUUCCGUGCCCAGCGCAACUUCUACAUUAGUGGCAUCGCCUUGUUCCUCAGCUUUGUCAUCAAACGUUUCAUAGCCCUGGUCACCCUGCAAGCGUCGUUGGUGGCCCAAAGCGAGGCGUCGCUAAAACAGGCUCAGAGCGCCAGUGCCGCGGCCAAGUCUUUGUUAACACAAGACAAAGGGGACGGCGAGUCUGAAGCUCUGACUGAACUGAGAAAAGAACUGGAAUUGAUCAAGGCCGACCGCGAUGCGAUCAAAAGUCAAGCUGAAUCUGUCUCCAAAGAAUAUGACAGGCUAAUGACAGAACAUGAAAAACUUCAGAAGACUGUUGGCAACGAAUCAAAGAAGGAUGAUUAA